CGACGGCGGGGGCAUGUGGCGCUGGGUCCGGCAGCAGCUGGGUUUUGACCCACCACAUCAAAGUGAUACAAGAACUAUUUACAUAGCCAACAGAUUUCCUCAGAAUGGCCUUUACACUCCUCAGAAAUUUAUAGAUAACCGGAUCGUUUCAUCUAAGUAUACUGUAUGGAAUUUUGUUCCAAAAAAUUUAUUUGAACAAUUCAGAAGAGUGGCAAACUUUUAUUUUCUUAUUAUAUUUUUGGUUCAGCUUAUGAUUGAUACACCUACCAGUCCAAUUACCAGUGGACUUCCAUUAUUCUUUGUGAUAACAGUAACUGCCAUAAAACAGGGAUAUGAAGACUGGUUACGCCAUAACUCAGAUAAUGAAGUAAAUGGAGCUCCUGUUUAUGUUGUUAGAAGUGGUGGCCUUGUAAAAACUAGAUCAAAAAACAUUCGGGUCGGUGAUAUUGUUCGUAUAGCCAAAGAUGAAAUUUUUCCUGCAGAUUUGGUGCUCCUGUCCUCAGAUCGGCUUGACGGUUCAUGUCAUGUUACAACUGCUAGUUUGGAUGGAGAGACCAACCUGAAGACACAUGUGUCAGUUCCAGAAACAGCAGUAUUACAAACAGUUGCCAACUUGGAUAGUCUCAUAGCUGUGAUAGAAUGCCAGCAGCCAGAAGCGGACUUAUACAGAUUUAUGGGACGAAUGAUAAUAACUCAACAAAUGGAAGAAAUUGUAAGACCUCUGGGACCAGAGAGUCUCUUGCUUCGUGGAGCCAGAUUAAAAAAUACAAAAGAAAUUUUUGGUGUGGCCGUAUACACCGGAAUGGAAACUAAGAUGGCAUUAAAUUACAAGAGCAAGUCACAGAAACGAUCUGCAGUAGAAAAAUCAAUGAACACAUUUUUAAUAAUUUAUCUGAUAAUACUUAUUUCUGAGGCCAUCAUCAGUACUAUCUUGAAAUAUACCUGGCAAGCCGAAGAAAAAUGGGACGAACCUUGGUAUAACCAAAAAACAGAACAUCAAAGAAAUAGUAGUAAGAUUCUGAAAUUUAUUUCUGAUUUCCUUGCUUUUUUGGUACUCUACAAUUUCAUCAUUCCAAUUUCUCUAUAUGUGACAGUUGAAAUGCAGAAAUUUCUUGGAUCGUUUUUUAUUGGCUGGGAUCUUGAUCUGUAUCAUGAAGAGUCAGAUCAGAAAGCUCAAGUCAAUACUUCCGAUCUGAACGAAGAGCUUGGGCAGGUGGAGUAUGUGUUUACGGAUAAAACUGGAACACUGACAGAAAAUGAGAUGCAGUUUCGAGAAUGUUCAAUUAAUGGCAUGAAAUACCAAGAAAUCAAUGGUAGACUUGUACCUGAAGGACCAACCCCUGACUCCACAGAAGGAAACUUACCUUACCUUGAUAGUUUGUCCCAUCUCAACAACUCAGCCCAUCUCACAGCCAGUUCUUCUUUUAGAUCCAGUCCUGAAAGUGAAAUUGAGCUAAUAAAAGAGCAUGAUCUCUUCUUUAAAGCAGUCAGUCUCUGCCAUACGGUACAGAUCAGCAACGCUCACACUGAUGGCAUAGGCGAUGGCCCCUGGCAGUCCAACCUGGCGCCUGCGCAGCUGGAGUACUAUGCAUCUUCACCAGAUGAAAAGGCUCUAGUGGAAGCUGCAGCAAGAGCUGGUAUUAAAUUUAUAGGCAUUUCUGAAGAAACUAUGGAGGUUAAAGUACUUGGAAGACUAGAAAGGUAUAAAUUGCUUCAUAUUCUGGAAUUUGAUUCAGAUCGUAGAAGAAUGAGUGUAAUUGUUCAGGCACCUUCAGGUGAGAAGCUCUUAUUUGCUAAAGGAGCAGAAUCUUCAAUUCUCCCUAAGUGCAUAGGUGGAGAAAUAGCAAAAACCAGAAUUCAUGUAGAUGAAUUUGCUUUGAAAGGGCUGCGGACACUGUGUAUAGCUUAUAGACAGUUCACAGCUAAGGAGUAUGAAGAUUUAGAUAGACGCCUGUUUGAGGCCAGGACUGCCUUGCAGCGACGGGAAGAAAAAUUGGCUGAUGUCUUCCAGUACAUCGAGAAAGACCUGAUAUUACUAGGAGCUACAGCAGUGGAAGACAGACUACAAGAUAAAGUUCGAGAAACUAUUGAAGCUUUGAGAAUGGCUGGUAUCAAAGUAUGGGUACUUACUGGAGAUAAACAUGAAACAGCUGUUAGUGUGAGUUUGUCAUGUGGACAUUUUCAUAGAACUAUGAAUAUUCUCGAACUCAUCAAUCAGAAAUCAGACAGUGGAUGUGCUGAGCAGUUGAGGCAGCUUGCCAGAAGAAUUACAGAGGACCAUGUGAUUCAGCAUGGGCUGGUAGUAGAUGGAACGAGCUUAUCUCUUGCACUCAGGGAGCAUGAAAAACUAUUUAUGGAAGUUUGCAGAAACUGUUCAGCUGUAUUAUGUUGCCGUAUGGCACCUUUACAGAAAGCAAAAGUAAUAAGACUGAUAAAAAUCUCACCUGAGAAGCCGAUAACACUGGCGGUUGGUGAUGGUGCUAAUGAUGUGAGCAUGAUACAAGAAGCACAUGUUGGCAUAGGAAUCAUGGGUAAAGAAGGAAGGCAAGCUGCAAGAAACAGUGACUAUGCAAUAGCUAGAUUUAAAUUUCUCUCCAAAUUACUUUUUGUUCAUGGUCAUUUUUAUUAUAUUAGAAUAGCCACCCUUGUACAGUAUUUUUUUUAUAAGAAUGUGUGUUUUAUCACACCCCAGUUUUUAUAUCAGUUCUACUGUUUGUUUUCUCAACAAACACUGUAUGACAGCGUGUACCUGACUUUAUACAAUAUUUGCUUUACUUCCCUACCUGUUCUCAUAUAUAGUCUUUUGGAACAACAUAUAGACCCGCAUGUACUACAGAGCAAGCCUACCCUCUAUCGGGACAUUAGUAAAAACCGUCUCUUGAGCAUUAAAGCAUUUCUUUACUGGACCAUCCUGGGUUUCAGCCAUGCCUUCAUUUUCUUUUUUGGAUCCUAUUUUCUAGUGGGGAAAGAUACAUCUCUGCUUGCAAAUGGCCAGAUGCUUGGAAACUGGACGUUUGGUACUUUGGUCUUCACAGUCAUGGUCAUUACAGUGACAGUAAAGAUGGCCUUGGAAACACAUUUCUGGACUUGGAUCAAUCAUCUUGUUACCUGGGGAUCUAUUAUAUUUUAUUUUAUAUUUUCUUUGUUUUAUGGUGGGAUUCUCUGGCCAUUUUUGGGCUCCCAGAAUAUGUAUUUUGUAUUUAUUCAGCUCCUGUCAAGUGGGUCGGCUUGGUUUUCCAUACUCCUUAUGGUGGUUACUUGUCUGUUUCUUGAUGUGGUGAAGAAAGUGUUUGAUCGACAGCUCCAUCCUACAAGUACAGAGAAGGCACAGCUUGCUGAGGCACAUUCAAGUGUCAAGUGCUUGGACUCCAUGUGCUGUUUCCCAGAAGGAGGGACCCCAUGCGCAUCUGUUGGAAGAAUGCUGGAACGAGUCUUAGGAAGGUGUAGUCCCAGCCAUAUCAGCAGGUUGUGGAAUGCAUCAGAUCCUUUCUAUACCAACGACAGGAGCAUCCUGACUCUCUCCCCAAUGGACUCAUCCACUUGUUAAAGAGAUAAUGGGACUUUGUGGAAACACCUACCUUCAUCUGUCCUCAGCUUUGGAGUCAUCAUCCUGUAAAAGGCCAGUUACUUUCUGAAAUCUCUGGAGGAGUUGAGACCUUCUCAGAGUCCAUGGGAAACAGGCAGUUACAUAAACCCUUCUCCUUCUCUUUAAUUUGAAUGUGAAUAUAUUGAAUUAUGGAAAUAAAGAGACA